AUGUCUACUACCGUGGUGCAGCUGCAUAUUCAAGAUGAUCAGGUGGUGAUUGAUAAUGGCAUACUCCAACUCACAUUAACAAAUCCAGGAGGAAAUGUCACAGGAAUUCAAUACAAUGGAAUCGACAACUUGCUUGAACUUCGUAGUCCAAUCAAUAUUAUUGGAGGGGUCUGGGAUCUUAACUGGAGCGAGGCAGGAAGUCCAGGAACAAGAGGAGCUUUUGAUACGAUUGAAGGAACAAUUUUCAAGGUUAUAGUGGAAAACGAUGAACAGGUAGAGCUCUCAUUUGCAAGAACAUGGGAUCCCCAUUCCUCACCUACCAGCAAGCACUCUCCCUUAAAUAUAGACAAAAGGUUCAUAAUGCUUCGUGGUUGCUCGGGGUUUUACUCGUAUGCCAUAUACGAACAUGUAGAGGACAUGCCUGCUUUCAACCUCAACGAAACCAGGAUAGCUUUCAUGCUCAGCAUGGACAAGUUUCAUUACAUGGCCAUAGCUGACGAUAAGAGAAGAAGCAUGCCCCUCCUAGAAGAUCGAUCACCCUCAAGAAGCCAACAACUGGCCUACCCGGAAGCAGUCCUACUUGUGGAUCCUGUGGAGCCAGAAUUUAAAGGAGAAGUGGAUGACAAGUAUCAGUAUUCGUGUGAGAACAAAGAUAACCAGGUCCACGGGUUUAUAUGCUUUGACCCACCCGCAGGGUUCUGGCAAAUCACACCCAGCAAUGAGUUCAGGACUGGUGGCCCUCUCAAGCAAGACCUAACCUCCCAUGUGAACCCAACAACUCUAGCUAUGUUUGUAAGCGCUCAUUAUGGGGGAGAGGAUGUGGUGAUCAAAUUUGGAUCAGGCGAGCCAUGGAAGAAAGUUUUUGGCCCAGUUUUUAUCUAUCUUAAUUCUGUCUCGGAUCAAAAUGACGCACUUUCACUUUGGGACAACGCCAAAGAACAGAUGAGGAAAGAAGUUCAAAGUUGGCCAUACAGUUUUCCAGCUUCAGAAGAUUUUCCACAUGCUGAUCAAAGGGGUACCAUUAGAGGUAGAUUAUCAGUCCUCGACAGGUAUAACAGCAAUGAAGCUAUACCGGCAAAUGGCGCUUACGUGGGGUUGGCUCUGCCUGGGGUUGCUGGAUCAUUUCAAAAAGAAUGCAAGGGCUAUCAAUUCUGGACCAGAGCAGACGACCAAGGCCAUUUCUCCAUUAGCAAGAUUCGUGCUGGCGAUUACAAUCUUUAUGCAUGGGUCCCUGGUUUUAUUGGAGAUUAUCGAUACGAUGAUGCUAUUACCAUCACUACAGGUUGUAGUAUUGAUAUGGAUGAUCUUGUAUAUGAGCCUCCAAGAAAUGGUCCCACAUUAUGGGAAAUCGGCGUUCCAGAUCGUUCUGCUGCAGAAUUCUAUGUUCCUGAUCCUGAUCCAAUGUAUAUCAAUAGACUUUAUAUAAAUCGUCCAGCAGACAAGUUUAGACAGUAUGGAUUGUGGGAAAGAUACGCAGAACUAUAUCCUAAUGAAGACUUGGUCUAUACAAUUGGAGAGAGUGAUCAUCGUAAAGAUUGGUUCUUUGCUCAGGUUACCAGGAAAAUAGGUGACAAUGCAUAUAAGGCAACUACAUGGCGAAUCAAGUUCAAACUUGACAAUAUUGAUCAAGCUGCUGGAACCUACACACUGCACUUAGCACUCGCAUCUGCCAAUUCCUCCGAAUUGCAGGUUCGGAUCAAUGAUCCGGAGGCAAAUCCUCCUCACUUUUCAAGUGGAUUAAUUGGGAGUGACAAUGCAAUUGCAAGGCAUGGCAUUCACGGGUUGUAUUGGUUAUUCAGUGUGGACAUACAGAGUGCUCAACUCAUGCAAGAAGAUAACACGAUAUAUCUCACCCAAGCAAGGGACACCACCCCUUUCCAGGGAGUCAUGUAUGACUAUAUCCGUUUGGAAGGCCCUCCAUCUAGUAGUUCUUGA